AUUCUGUUUUUAGUUAUCUAUAACGAAGGCCACUGGCGACUAAGUAAAGUAUCUCCUUUGUUUAACAUACAAUCAAAUGCAAUUAAAUUUAAACAAUAUGCAUCAAAGAUUCGUCAAGGUAUAAUUACUGCAAUUCCAGCUAAGCCUGGUAUAAAAUUUUCGGUACUUAUAGAGGCACAGCCAUACCUGAAAUACAGUGAAGAUGAUGCUGAAGCUUUUAUGAUCACUGUGACAUCUCCAGAAAGUAAUAAAUCUAAAUUGGUAUAUACCUGUAUUCUUCUCUCAUGGGGAGUUUCUAUGAAAGUGCCAGAAAGUAUACAUCUACCUUUCAUGUUGGAACAUGGUGAGAAAAAGAUUGGAGCAUCAGUAAAGACUACAUUACAAAAUUUGUUUGACUGCACAAUUAAACAGUUUUAUUUUUCACAGCAUCAACUCUUACGAUUGGGCUUUGGGUUUGUUGAAAAUGAUACGUCACGUAGCACCGAUCCAUUCACAUUAUGCUACACAGUAGUAGCCGAUCACAAAAAUAAGCUGAGCUUAUCAUUUGAAGUUGGGGAUGUGAAUAUGAUUUGGCACCGAGCAAAGGGUGAUUCCACAGCAUCAUCAAAGACAGAUAAAUUGGCUUAUCAGAUAUUGCAGAAUCAGAUAUUCUUCUCAAUGCAGUUAGACGUGACACCUCUAGAUCUAUGUGAAAUAAAUCUCACCAAAGCUGAAGUGAAAUCAGACGGUACCGUCAAAAUGAAAACUCCAGAACUUGUGAAUUGCGUAUUUACGAUGUUGAAUGAAUUCAUCAGUUCACAAACUGUGGCAAGUAAUAAUACAGUUGAUAUAUAG